ACCUCAGCCAGAAGAGGGCUGGCAUGUCAACGGCUGAUAAACUGUCAGAGUGCAAUCUUGCCCGGAAUGAGUGUCAUGGAGCAACAGCUGGUUCCUUUCGAAAGGCAUUUCUUGCUCAUGCAUACUCCGUAUGUACAAGGCGGUCGUUUUGUAGGGCUGUGUAGCCAUAAUUCAAAGUCAUUUACUGCCGUUCUUCAGAGUUUUGGUGUAACUAUUUGUGUUGUAGAGGCCUCAUUUUUUCUGUCUCCCAGUAACCCCUGCUUGUCAAUUAUUAGUGGACUCUGUCCUGUCCGCCCCCAUUCCCUUUGAGGGUAUGGCCUUAUACCCCCUCCUCCUUUCAGCUCUCCCGAAACCGAGGUUUUUCAGAGUGAGGGAGAAAGAAAGGUAGUAUCAGUUACUGCGCAAGGACAGAACACGGUCUUUGUUCAGAGAUACCGAGGUGAUGGACAAGAACAUGGCAGCAUUUGCUCUAGGACUACUUCUCUUCGGUUUGGCCGGAGUGGGGCAUUCAUGCCUCGAUCCUGCUUCGGCCUACAGGUUCGUUGGAGCUGUGUGCAGGCUCACCUACCCUGCUGCUGUAGUCUUGAAUGAGAAGACUACAGAAGUGAUCAAGGCUGCUUUCCAACAUGCCAAAUACCCCGAUAUUGAGGGUGAGAAGUCCAUGUCAUUCAUUGGCAAACUGAAAUAUGGAUUGCUCAAUUUGGAGAUACACAACCUGUCAAUUGGGAAGAGUGAGUUUGAGCUGCGGGAGAAUGUAGGCAUAGGAAUUGACAUCUCCAAUGUUUCUGCUGUUUUCAAGGGAACCAUCAAAUACUCCUACGGGAGUGCUCUCUUCACGGUGGGCCAUUCAAUUGAUUUUGAAAUUGAGUCCAAGAUUGACCUGGUCAUCAAUUCCAAGCUAUACUGUGGAAAAGGCAAAGUGGCAGCAGACACUUCAGACUGCUGCCUUACAUUUCACAAGCUGAAGCUUCUUCUGCAGGGUGACCGAGAGCCUGGCUGGAUAAAGAGAAUUUUCACCGAUAUCAUCACCUUCACAAUGAGGCUUGUUGUAAAGGGACAAAUCUGUAAGGAAAUAAACAAGGUGGCAGACAUACUGGCAGAAUUUAUACAGGAAACGGCAGAGGAGUUUCUGAGUGAUGGUGACAUCCGUGUGGAUAUUGGCGUGACCUCUGCCCCGGUCAUCACUUCCAAUUACAUAGAGUCAUACCACAAGGGUCUGGUGACCUAUAAUGGCUCAACCUCAGUGGUCAAUGCCUCUGUGUUUAAUCCAGACCAGCUCUCAGAGGACCGCAGCCUUCACUUCUGGAUCUCUGAUGACACUCUCAACCCCCUCAUGACUGCAGCUUAUGAUGAUGGACGAUUCAUCCGUAACAUUUCAGGAGAAGACCUCAGAUUCCUGUUCCAGAAAGAGCUAUCUGCAGCCAGGCCUGAAUUACUCAACAAGUGGCUGUCCUCUGAAGAGCCAUUGUUGAAAACAUGGAGUGCAUCAGUUCCCCAUCUCUGGACGACCACUCAGGGCACGUCAGUUAAAGCAGUGGCUGCGGUGGAGCUCUCGUCUGCCAAACAGGACACCCCUCCUGUACUUUACUUUGAGACGGAAGUGGAAGUGGUUGUGAGGGCUUCCUACGCUGAUAAGAAUCUCAUCCUGAAUUGUACAGCAGUGCAUAUAUCCAUAUCAAAGGUUUCCACUUCACCAGACAUUUCUGAGAGCUUAAAUGCUUAUCUUCAGGAAGCCGUUGAAAAGAUUGGUGUCGCCAAAGUCAUAUCCUACCUAGAGCCAGAAUUAACUGCUCUGAUGAACGAACAAGGUCUCCAUCUCUUUGAUCUCAUCAACCCUGAAGUAACACCUCAAAAUGGCUAUGUGCUAAUACAAAUGGACUUUGGCUUUCCUCACCAUCUGCUGGUGGAGUUCCUCAGGAAGACUCUGGAUUGACAUAUACAAUAUAAAUAUAUAUAAAUAUACACUAUAUAUAUAUGUGUGUGUACGUGUGUGUGUGUGUGUUUAUAAUAUCUACACACAUACAUGGAUUUUUUUUUUUGUAUUAAUGUUUUUUAUUUGUUCUAUCAGUAGUGUGUUUAUUAGCAAAGAAACAGGUGCUGCCCAGAUAAACAUAUUUUAAAAUGUAUUUUCCUCAGGUGCCUUUUAGCCUUUUUUGCUCAAUACUGUGUAUUUCACACUUUGGUGUCUUGAUAAAAGCAGUAAUGCAGUUAUUAUAGAAUAUAGAAAUCCACAUAUGCGAUUAAUUUUACUCUGAUGAGAGUUAACAGUUUAAUCUGAUGUUGGAUUCCUCUUUCCUGCCUAGACUUGCAAUGCAUGUUCUUAAUAACCAAAGAAUGCGUCUCACAGUAAUUCAGGCAUCCAAAAAGAAACUUUAUAGCAUGUAACUUUUCUUAGUUAAGUGAUUAUAACGUAAUAAGGAUAUGAUAUCAGAAUUAGAAUGAGAUUUUUUUUGCUUUGACCAAGUAACCACCAAGAACUAUCAUCCCAUAUGCAAAGGGUGUAUAUUUCCAUAUUUUUUUUUCAAAAUAUUGUCAAAUUUGUAAUAUACUUCCAUAUACGUUUGACAUACAGUAUAUGUAAAUAUAAAAAUUGGACACUA